AUGCCCUGCGCGCGAAAGAGGACGGACAUUCACCAUGUCUUCGUACUCCUUGAAGUCUUCAUAGACGGAGAGCUCGAGGAGGCCCUCAAUGAUAUCGAACAGUCACCAAGUCUUGCUCCGCCUUUAAGUCCUACACCUCUAGACAGAGAGGUGAUCAAAGUGAAGCUCCAGGACGGCGUCCAUUCCCUCACUUAUUCGAAAUUAUAUCACACUCUUGCCAAUGGUAUACCCAUGGUAGUCUCCGGCAUUCGUCCCGGGGAUCGUAACCUCAUGCCGCAGUAUUUUAUCCGCAAUCAUGGCGAGACCACAGUCACACUUACCAAUACAAAGACGGGUGCACAGCGUAGAGUUGCGUUGAAGGACUUCAUGAGUAAGUUCGGAGAGCCUACAGACCCGGCGAACCCUGAAAAACUCCAAGACUGGCCUCCGACGGCCGAUUUCGCCGUGAAGUUUCCAGAAAUAUUUGACCUUUUCGAGGAUUGUCUGGUAGGGCCGUGGAUCACAUCACGAAGAGGACCCCUCAACCUUGAGAUCAACAUGCCCGUAGACUCUUGCCCGCCAGAUACGGGUCCUAAGGCGUAUCUCGCUCACGCCGCAGCAGGAGGAACCACUACUCGCCUUCACGGUGAUAUAUCGGACGCGGUCAAUAUCAUGUUCCAUGCAGAAGGCGGCUCGGAAGGGGGCGCGUCGUGGACGAUGAUUGAUCGCGAAGACAUGCCCCGCGCUGCAGAGUUGCUGCGCGGAUGGAAACAAGGUUCCUUCGGGAGCGGCCAUCCGAUUCAUUCUCAACAGCUCAACCUUACAGCGAAGGAUAUCCAAGAUCUGAAGGCAGAGCACGUGCGAGUUUGGACCUUCGAUCAAAGACCAGGAGACGCGGUCUUUAUACCGGCUGGCGUCGGCCACCAGGUCACCAAUCGCACUCCAUGCGUCAAGAUCGCCGUCGACUUCGUAAUCGGGCCCAAUCUUGAGUACACGCAACAGAUCACCGAGGAGCUACGCCAACAUCGUUUGGAUUGCGGAGACACUGUGGCAGAAGACGUGCUUCAACUAUCCGCGAUGUGCUGGUGGACAUAUAAACGUUGGAAAGUUGAAGACCUCGCUCAUAUACGCUCGGAUCCAUCUUCUGACCCAUGGACAUCGCCGUAUUCCGCCGCCCCCGCUUAUAUGCCGGUUUCUUACGCUGCCAAUGAACGCGUCUCUGCUUCGGCUUCUGCAGACGUCUCUGCUUCGGCUUCUGCAGACGUCUCUGCUUCGGCUUCUGGCGACACAGCUGCUAAUCUCGAUAACCCUGGCGCCCCUCCUAGCCCCCCUCCUAGCCCCAGCCGUGAACCCGAGUCGUGUGUUUCUGAUGCUUGCAUGGAGGAGACACCAUCUGGCGUGUCUCAGGAAGCAUCUGAUUGGUCGUCAGCCGUCAAAACAUCGCAUGCUGCUGCCUAUACACUGGAAACUGUCCCACCAUCGCCAUCGCACCAUCAUGUAACUCUGAUGCCGCCACAGAAUCUCUCGAUGAAACGCAGUGCGACUGAACCACUGACGAGGACACAAAAACGACGUCUUAAGAAAGCGAGAUCAGCUCGUAAUCGGUCAUUGGCAGACGAGGGAAAGACUUUGAGGUGCCCUGUUGGCGCUUGCAAGCGUGCGGAGGACGACUUUAAGCGGCAAGAUCUGCUCAAUCACUUGUAUGUGAUCGUGUAUAUGUCGAUCCUGCAAGAGCUCACAAUUGGUGUCAAUUAG